CCCAGUCUGUGCUGCCCCCUCUCCCUCACCACAGUCUGGGAGGGGCUCCCUGGGGGCGUGGCCACUGGCUCCUAUAAAGGUGGCCUCAGCCCCAGCCCUGCGCUCCAGCCUCUUGAGCCUCAGCCACCUGAGCCCACCAUGUCGUCCCCACCUGGACUCUCAGUCCCCUUCUCGGGCACGGAGCUCCUGCUGGCCGCGGCCACCUUCUGCCUGGUGCUCUGGGCAGUGCGGGCCGGGCGGCCACGGGUCCCCCGAGGCCAGCAGAGCCCCCCGGGGCCCUGGGGCUGGCCGCUGCUGGGCCACGCGCUGUCCCUGGGCCGGGCCCCGCACGAGACGCUGGCGCGGCUGAGCCAACGGUACGGCCCGGUGCUGCAGGUGCGGCUGGGCCUCACGCCGGUGCUGGUGCUGGGCGGGCCGCACGCCAUCCGGCAGGCCCUGGUGCGCCAGGCCGACGCCUUCAAGGGCCGGCCGGCGCUGCACACCUUCUCGCUGGUGGCCGACGGCCAGAGCCUGACCUUCAGCCCCGACUCGGGCCCCGUGUGGGCGGCGCGGCGCCGCCUGGCCCAGAGCGCCCUGCGUGGCUUCUCGGGGGCGGCAGACCCGGGCGCAGCCUGCAGCCGACUGGAGACGCACGUGGCCCGCGAGGCCGAGGCGCUGGCCGCCAGGUUCCUGGCGCUCACGGAGGGGCCUGGCCGCUUUGACCCCCACCGCUCCCUGCUGGUGUCUGUCACCAACGUCAUCUGCGCCAUCUGCUUUGGCCGCCGCUAUGACCAUGAGGACCAGGAGCUGCUCGGCCUGAUCGACCUGGGAAACGAGUUCGGAGAGUCGGCUGCCUCAGGGAACCUGGCCGACUUCCUGCCCAUCCUGCGUCUGCUGCCCAACCGUGCCCUGAGCAGGUUCCGAGAAAUCAACAGGAGGUUCCAUGACUUUGUGCAGCAGAUCCUCAGGGAACACUACAGGACCUUCGAGAAGGGCCACAUCCGGGACGUCACGGACAGCCUCAUAGAGCACUGCCAGGACCGGAAGCUGGACGAGAACGCCAACCUGCAGCUGCCCGAUGAGAAGAUCAUCAGUGUGGUCAUGGACCUCUUCGGGGCAGGGUUUGACACGGUCACCACGGCCCUGUCCUGGAGCCUGCUGUACCUGGUGACACAUCCUGACGUGCAGGAGAAGAUCCACAGGGAGCUGGAUGCUGUGGUGGGCAGGGCUCGCCGCCCCCGGCUGUCUGACAGGCCCCAGCUGCCCUACCUGGAGGCCUUCAUCCUGGAGACCUUCCGCCACUCGUCCUUCGUGCCCUUCACCAUCCCGCACAGCACCACGCGGGACACCACGCUGAACGGCUUCUACAUCCCCAAGGGGACCUGCGUCUUCGUGAACCAGUGGCAGGUCAACCACGACCCGGAGCUGUGGGGAGACCCGGGGGCCUUCCGGCCCGAGCGCUUCCUGGGCUCCGAGGGCCGCGUGGACCGGGCGCUAGCCGAGCAGGUGCUGCUGUUCGGGCUGGGCCGGAGGCGCUGCGUGGGGGAGGGGCUGGCGCGGGCCGAGCUCUUCCUCUUCCUGGCGCUGCUGCUGCACCGGCUGGGCCUGCGCGUGGCCGCGGGCGCGAGGGUGGACGCCAGGCCGCUGUACGGGCUGACCAUGAAGCUCGCGCGCUGCCCCUACUACCAGGCCUGGCCGCGCGCCUAGCGCCGCCCCGAGAGGGCCGCAGAUGCCGCGGGAGAGGGCCGCCAGCUUUGGGAUCACACGGCCCGCACGGACAGACAGACGGACAGACGUAUGGGGCCUGCAGGCCGGGGAGGCUCGGCAGAAGCCCCAGCGUCCGGAGAAGCUUCAUGCGCUGGGGCCGUCCGGCCCCCUGACAGCUGUGGAGCUGGGCGCGGCGCCCAGGCUGUGCCGGGGGAGCACUGUGGGGGGCAUGUGGGGAGCACUAUGGACACUUCUGGACAACUGUGGGGAGCACUGAGGGCCUGCGAAGGACUGCUGUGGAGGAGCACUGA